AUGGGGAACUCCGGACAGCCUCACGACAACUCGCACGAGGGGCAUCAGUUCAAUAAUAUUCAAAUCCAUGGUGACAGCAGAGUACAUAUCGGUGAUAUUCACCAUAUUAGUCACUAUUAUUACUCUAAUAAGCUAAAAAAACUCCACAGACAACAAGAAGUGAUGCGCUCGCAAAACGCAUCUAUUGAGAUGAGUCCAGAACAGAUUAAUCGAAAGGGUUGCACCCUUUUUCCUCCCUCAAUGCUCGAUUCUUAUCCCAAAUUAAAUCCUCCUUUGCCCAAGUCAGUCCGGGAGGAACACCAGGCUAUGAUGCAGCUUGAGGGUUUCGGUACUUCACAACUUAAACAACGCCAGACAGCACAACAGCACGCAAAUAAGGCACAACAAACCUCGAUUCAGAAUACUUGGAGUGGAUUCCACACCAGCGCAUUUAAAACGCGAUCUGCCACGGCUGAUGAUUUUGAAAUACAAAAUUCGAAGACCCGGCAAACGUCAAAAGUUGCCUCAGCCCAGCCGUCUACCAAAUCUUAUGCUGGCAAACACUUCGUGCACUUCAGCGUAGGGAAGUCAGUUUUAGAACCAUCCCCACGAGAAGGGUCUCAUGCCUUUGGACCUGGGGAUCCCUCUCCGAACAAAUUAAAAUUAGCACCGACUAAACUUCGUAAGAAAAACCACGCAGAAAUGUUUACAACUUCAGCAGCUAUUGCGACUAUGAGCUUUUCUAUCAAGAGAACAAUAUCCGAAGACUGCACUCAACGUUAUGGAGAUGAACCUCCACUGAAACUUCACUGCCUUCAGAGAGAAUCCAGGCGACGAGGAGACUUAGGCGUUGCGCAUUUAAAAAGACUGUCUUCGGCUUCUCGAUUGGCCGCGAAUGGCUAAAUCAUGUGUCUAAGAACGGUUGAACUAUGGAUGUUACAAACAAUAAUCAUAUUACAACGCAAUAUAUCCUCAUGAGGAACUAUCGGCAAGCGCCAACAUUUGAAAGGAUUGAUAAAUUACUGUUAAAUAAACCCUUCAAACCGCUCAGUUGGACUAUUUGAAAACUUUUCCACCCAAAUUCAC